ACUUCAUCAUCAAGUUGACAACUCUAACGACAAAGACCCCAAUACCAAAGAUGAUGACUUCAAUGAUGAAGAUUCUGAUAUUACAGAUGAUGACUCCAACAAUGAAGCACCAAAGAGACAACUCCACCAAUCCUCUAGAAUUGAUUCCAUGUUCAAUUGA